AUGGACCCCAGAGACACCAUCCUUCUCUGUCUCGGCUUCUACAACAAACCCUUCUUCUCUGCUGACCAGGGCAUUGUGGUGAUGCUAGGGAAGAAUGUCUCCCUGCAGUGCAGUUCAGCACACAUCCCAUUUGAUAGAUUUUCACUGAUCAAGGAAGGAGGAGCCACCCUGUCACAGAACCAAAAUGGCAGACACCAAGGCAACUUCAUUCUAGGUCCUGUGAACCAAAGCUUCUCAGGGAACUACAGGUGCUAUGGUUGGUACAGCAGCAGCCCUUAUGUGUGGUCAGCCCCCAGUGAUGCCCUGGGGCUUGUGGUCACAGAUAUAAUGAAACAAGAUUACACAAUGGGGAAUUUGAUCCGAAUGGGUGUGGCAGGGCUGGUCCUUGUGGCUCUCUUGGCCCUACUGGUUAAAAAUUGGCACAACCAUCAGGCUCCAAACAAGGAAGACUGUCCAGAUUUUCCUGAGCUGAGCUGGAGUAAACAGAAAUGUCAGACAUAA